AUGGGAGAUAGAGAUAGCCUUCUCAUGUCUCAAGGGGCAAGGAGGACCAGCACCUGGCACAACAGUCCCGGGCCUCCCAGAACAAGCCAGGGCAGUGCAAAAGAGUCGCUGCUGCUGCCACUGCAGAAAGCUCCCACUCUGACUACUUCCAACGCACUGCAGCACUAUCCGCUUAAAAGCCAUCCUCCACAGAGACCCCCUCAUAUUGAAGACAAUGCUGAUUUUCUGGAAGCUUGGCUGGGCAGUCUCUUAUUCCUUGCUACCAUGGUGAUAGCAUCCAAAGCAGUAUGUUCUAUUGAAAAUCGUGAGAUAUUUCCAAAUCAAAUGUCUGAUGACUGCAUGGAUGCUGAUGGUAACAAGCAUUUCCUUAACACUCCCUGGAAGAAGAACUGCACGUGGUGUUCAUGUGACAAAACGUCAAUCACCUGCUGUACCAACGCUACUAGGCCUUUGAGCUAUGACAAAGACAACUGUGAUGUACAAUUCCACCCAGAGAACUGCACCUACAGUGUGGUGGAUCGGAAGAACCCAGGGAAGACCUGUCGAGUUGACAGCUGGACUAUGUAAAUGUGCUUCGUGUGGGCCCAAAAGUGGAGUAACAUUUGAACCUUGUAUGAUUUAAAUUUACCAAUCAUAAGCUUGCAAGGAGGUGACCUGUAAUCCCAGCACUCAGAAGGC